UAGAGACAUAGUGUAGGUUGGCUGAGCAAGUCAAAGACAUGCUAAAAUGUCUCGAGUCUGCAAAAUUCUACUCUCUAUCUAACCUCUUUCUGGUGAUCUGCUCCUAAAGCAUCUAACUAUUCAGCUAUUAUUGGAUUUUUUUGGUUUGGUUUCUGCAGUUUCUGCUUUCCUUCAUAUAGUUCCUCACUUGCCUGUUCUUGAGACCUUGUUUUCCUUUUUUGUGGUUUUCAAUGGCCUCAAGCUCCCACACAGCCCCUGCACCGCUUCCUUCAUCAGUUCGUUGUUGGAAGUAUGAUGUGUUUCUGAGUUUUAGGGGUGUAGAUACUCGGAAGGGUAUUACAUUUGAAUUAUAUGAUCGUCUGCAGAACAAAAGAGGAAUUAAAACAUUCAUCGAUGACAAAGACCUGCCACCAGGGGCUGAUAUUUCUCCCACUCUCCUAACAACAAUUGAAGAAUCAAGGUUAGCAAUUGUUGUUUUCUCCCAAAACUAUGCUUCUUCUAUUUGGUGUUUGGAGGAACUUGCAAAGAUUUGUCAAUGCAUGAAAGACGAAAACAGAAUUCUUCCACUUUUCUAUCAUGUCGAACCUACUGAUGUUCGAUAUCAGAAAAGGAGUUUCGAAGAAGCUUUCACCAAGCAUGAAAACUCUAACCGACACGGAUCAGAGAAGGUGCAGGAGUGGAGAGAUGCUUUAGCACAAGUGGCAAAUUUUUCCGGGUGGCAUACAAAAAAUUAUAAGACUGAAAGAGAACUUGCCGAUGCCAUUGUGGACUUUGUGUGCAGUAUAGUACAACCAGUUGGAAUCAUCAUGGGAGAUUUUGAAGCAUUUGAAGCAACAAGGGAAGCCAUGGACAAGGUUAUGAAAGCGCUAAAAGAUGAUGAGGUCUCAACUGUCGGGGUCUAUGGAAUGGGAGGCGUUGGCAAGACAACCAUGGUAAAACAUGUUGGUGAUCAAGCUCGCAAAAAUGGGAUUUUUCAUCAUGUGAUUAUGGCUGUCAUGUCCCAAAGCCCUGACUUGACGGAAAUUCAGCACACAUUGGCAGAGUUGCUGGGGAUCGAUUUACAAGGGAAGUCACAAAGUGGAAGAGCCUCUAGAUUGAACAAAGAGAUAAUGAGAAAAAAUAAAAUCCUUAUAAUCUUGGAUGACAUUUGGGAGAGAAUAGAAUUGUCAAGCAUAGGGAUUCCCAGCUACAAGGAACUUCAAAUAUGCAAUUCCAAAGUCCUACUCACAACAAGGAUACAGAAUGUUUGUCAUGCCAUGGAGUGCCAAGAAAAGAUCACCCUUAAUGUCCUCUCGGAAGAGGAUUCUUGGACCUUAUUUAUGAGAAAAGCAAGAAGGUCUUUCGAAACGACCAUUUUCAGGGAUAUAGCGAGGAAGGUAGCUAGAGAAUGUUGCGGUCUACCAAUUGCAUUGAUAGCAGUUGCAAGGGCACUUGGAGAUAAAGACCUGCGAGAAUGGAAAAAGGCAGCUCAAAGACUAAACAACUCGCAAACUGCCAACCUUGACGAUAAGGGAGAUGCAUCCCAAUGUAUAAAGUUAAGCUACGAUUACUUGAAAGAUGAGGAUUGCAAGUCAUGCUUCUUGGUUUGUGGCCUAUUUCCUGAAGACUAUGACAUCCCAAUAGAAGACUUGUUUAGGUAUGCAAUCGGGAAAGGUGUGUUUCGAGAUGCUGACACAAUUGAAGAAGCUAGAGAAACACUACAUAUGGUGGUCACAUACCUUAAGAAUUCAAGCUUGCUUUUAGAUAGUGGCAAAGAACUAUGUGUAAGGAUGCAUGAUGUCAUUCGGGAUACAACCAUGAAAAUUGCACUAUCUGAAGAUGGUCAUGGGUUUUUUGUAAAAGCUGGCUGCGGUUUGGAGGAUGAGGAUUGGCCUCGUCAAUUACAAGAAGGCUACUCUGCGGUCUCACUAAUGGGGAAUGACAUCCGCACACUACCAGAAGAGUUGGUAUGUCCAAAACUCCAGGUUUUAUUACUACAAGAUAAUUGCCAUAUAGAAAAGUUCCCAGAGGCCUUCUUUCAAAGUUCCAAUGAACUAAGGGUCUUAAAUCUUAGCAACACUUGCAUUUUAUUACUACCCCAAUCAUUCAGUCUUCUAGCCAACCUCCAAGUUUUGCAUUUAGAUGAUCUGAAGAUCAUAACUGACAUUUCCAUGCUUGGAAAACUGAAAAAACUUGAGAUCCUUAGCAUGAGAGAAUCACACAUUGGGGAAUUUCCAAAAGAAAUAGGAGAUUUAACCAAUCUAAGGAUGUUGGAUUUGACUGGUGGACAUAUUGUCACAAUUCCAUCAAAAGUUUUUUCAAAGUUGCAUAAACUAGAAGAACUGUACAUGCAAUGUGGGUUUUGGGACUGGGGGAGUGAAGUUGAGGGAGGAGGAGGAGAAACCAAUGCUGGCUUUGAUGAGUUGACUAGCUUGCCAUAUUUAAGAUUUUUGAAGGUUUGGAUCUCCCAUGCAAAUUGUAUCCCUAAAAAUGUUGAACUCAACCCGAAUUGGGUUGAGUUUGAUAUAUGUAUUGGAAGAGAUGACGAGACGGUGGUCUCUCAAUAUUGUUAUAAUUCAGUAUGCUUGACACUUGACACAGCCAUCAGCACAUUACCGGAUUGGUUUGUCUUCGUGGUAAUAAACAAAGCAGAGAAGCUAGAGUGGGUAGAGUGCAAAGGGUUGAUUGAUUUUUUUGUGGAAUAUGAGCAUAGGAGGUUAGAUAGAUUGAAGUAUCUCUCUAUAAUUGGUUGCGAUGAGAACUUGAAAGAGUUGAUGAACACAACAACAUGGGUUCCGAAAGAACCUGUGUUUCAGAACUUGGAAGACUUGCAUCUCAGUCGAGUAGAUUUCAUGAAAGAGUUAUGUCUUGGUGAUUUACCACAAGGGUCUCUAUUCAGUCUCAAGUUACUUGAGGUUGACUCUUGUUAUAACUGGGGGAACAUACUUUUACCAUCAAAAUUGUUGCAGAGAGUACCAAAUCUGGAAACUCUAAUUUGUAAUGAUGUUGAUGGAAUGGAAUAUGUAUUUGGAUGCGAAGGAUUUGAGCCGGAAAAAUCAAAAUUGAUAGACUUGUCAUUGAGGAGUUUAGAUGCAGUAAGAAGCAUAUGUAAUGGUCCUGCUCCACCUGCAAUGUUCCAGACUCUUAAAGUUGUGUCCAUUGAACAAUGCAGCUUUGUAGGAAGUCUUUUCUCUUAUGAGGCAGCUCAGUGUCUGUAUCAAUUGGAAGACCUUUCAGUUGGCAGUUGCCCUCUUUUGGAAAGAGUGAUUGAAGCAAACAAGGAAACAAUGAACAAGAAGAAGACCGUUUUUCCAAAAUUGAAGAACUUAGUUUUGAUGAGACUUCCUAUGUUGUACAGUGGAAGUGCUACUAUUGAUUUUGAGUGUCCUUUACUGGAAUGCUUGUAUUUGAAGGACUGCUCCCAGUUUUUAUCUUCAACCUCUGCUUCUGACUUCCACAGUAGGAAAAAUGUCCAGUUCAAUGAUGAGCAACACUACCUGUCUCUACGGGAGAGAAUGUGGGGAGACAAAUAAUAUAAAGAAGAAAAGCUGAUGCGCGGAGAAGAAGCAGGAGGAGAUCUUCAAUGGCCCAGAAGAGGAUACCUCAAUUGGCUAUUAAAUGUAUAGUUCUUCAACAAUGUGUAAAUGUGUUGCUUCAUUCUAUUGGCACAA